ACCGAGUUCUUGCGGACAAUACCGACUGCGAUUCGGAGAUUUCCGUUAAACUGACAAGCCAAUCGGAGCGAAGGACGGAGGCGAUUGUGUUUGUAAAUCUAAACAAAACAUGUCAGAGUUUAAGUUUGACAGGGCGAGCUCUGCGAGUUCAGAUGGAGAUAGUUGUAGCAGUGAGGAGGCAGAGAAAGGGGACGGCGAGCCAGUAGAAUCACCGCUUAAACUUGUGAUAAAAAAGGGCGAAAAUGAGCGGCCUCCUCGAUCAAGCAGCAAGUUCCCACAGAGUCCGACCAAGUUACAGCCCAAGAAGAAGCCGACGUCGAGUGGUGCACAGAAGUCUAUGGCUCGAGUCCAUCAGUCAGGGAUACGGGUGUUGUAUACAGCGGGCAGGCCUCCCUGGUAUAAUACCCAUGGAGAGCUCAAGGAGGCUUUUGUCAUUGGUUUGUGUGGAGGCAGUGCCUCUGGGAAAACAACGGUUGCCAAGCGGAUUAUAGAGGCUCUCAGUGUGCCCUGGGUCAGCUUGCUCAGCAUGGACUCCUUCUACAAGGUAUUGGGAGAAAAGGAGCAUGAAGCGGCCAACCGGAACGAGUACAACUUUGAUCACCCUGAUGCCUUUGACUUUGAACUCCUUGGUAAAACCCUCGCUAGACUACGCUCUGGCAAGAAAGUGGAUGUACCAGUCUACAACUUCCUCUCACACAGUCGAGAGACUCAGACUAAAACUAUAUAUGGUGCCAAUGUUGUGAUAUUUGAGGGCAUCAUGACCUUUGUGAACAAAGAAUUAUUACCUCUCAUGGACAUGAAGAUAUUUGUGGACACAGACAGUGACAUUCGUCUGGCAAGGCGUAUGAAGCGUGAUAUCACAGAGCGAGGCAGGGACGUGGAAGGGGUGCUCAAGCAGUACAACACCUUCGUGAAACCGGCCUUUGACUAUUACAUCGCCCCAACCAUGAGUUACGCUGAUAUUAUCGUCCCCCGUGGGGGAAGCAACAAAGUGGCUAUAGAUCUGAUAGUGCGCCAUGUGCAUUCUCAACUCAAAAUGCGAGGUUUCUGUCUGCGACAGAGCCUGGCCAGUGCAGGUAACAACGGUCAUCCACUGCCAUCAUCCCUGAAAGUCAUGGAGAACACAUCACAGAUCAAGGGAAUUCACACAUUCAUUAGAAAUCGUGACACAUCUCGUGAUGAGUUCAUAUUCUACUCCAAGAGGCUCAUGAGACUGCUGUUUGAAUACGCCAUGGACCUUCUACCACACAAGACAGUUAUCAUUGAAACUCCACAAGGCAUUCCAUAUGAGGGAACAAGACUAGAUACAAAAAAGAUAGUUGGUGUGUCCAUCCUGCGGGCGGGAGAGACGAUGGAGCAGGCCCUCUGUGAGGUGUCCCAGAACAUCACCAUUGGCAAGAUCCUCAUACAGACCAACCUUGACACUGGCGAACCGGAGCUGCACUAUCUGCGCCUGCCCAAGGACAUCAAGGAGGCCCACGUGAUGUUGAUGGACGCCACCGUAGCCACAGGAGCGGCGGCCAUGAUGGCCAUACGGGUCCUGCUGGACCACGACGUCCCUGAGGAGAAUAUCAUCCUUCUCUCCAUGCUCAUGGGCGGAUCUGGUGUUCAUUCUAUUGCCUACGCAUUCCCAAACGUGAAGCUUGUCACCACUGCUGUGGAUAAGGAGGUCAACGAUGAAUUCCACAUUCUACCUGGUCUUGGUAACUUUGGAGACCGCUACUUUGGCACUGACUUCACGGCUGACAGACAAGAACCACCAAUGGCAUCUUGACAAUGCCUACCUGCCACAUUGUGCAUCUGACAACACACCUUCAUUAUCAUCAUCAUCAAGCAAUUCUAGAUAAUCGAUAUAAUAAAAUAUUAUUUAAUACCUAGUUGAUGUAAUUACUUAUAGGAGCUAUGAUUGUUUUGCAAUUUUUCACAUAAUUUGAUUAUAAUAAACGUGGAAAAUAUUUCAAACAUCAUUUCUGCGUAUCAUCACUGAAUAUUAACUUUGAACUUUAUGUUUUGCAAAUUAAUUAAAAUUAGCCUCGCUCUAGGAACACAGGGCUUAAUCAACUUGCAUAAAGUGUCAUCCCAGAUAAGCCUGUGCUGUCUGCACAGGCUAAUCAGCAGUGACACUUUCCCCUUAUUUGUAUUUUUUGUAAACAGGAAAUCUGUUCUUAACAAAAUUCCAGCAUAAGCUGAAAGUGUCAGCCCUGUUUAACCUGUGGAAACUGCGCAGGCUAAUCAGGGACUACACUUUACGCACAGGCAUUAAGCCCUGUUUUCCAGAGUGAGACUAAAAUCUUAUUUAUGGGAUUCAACUGUUUUAUCAAGUCAUUAUUUGCCCUGGAAUGCUUAACAAGAUAUUAUGUUUUUUAUUUUCUGUACCUACAAGGCUAUGUGCAUAAUGUGUAGAUGUGUAGGUUUGAGUUAAAGCUAACAAUAUAUUAUUGUUCUUAAAUAUUGUUGUAUCAUUUUGAGGUAAUCAUUUAAUAUUGAAGAUGUGUUACAUAAAGUUUAUCUAAAAAUGUGUUCAGUAAUCAAAUGUCUUUUUUCAAGAAAUUUCACAUAAGUCAACUAAACAAUGAUAUUUUUAUAAUUUUACAGAGAUUUGUGUUUGACUGUGGGUUGUCAAUUAUUUUAUCCUCCUGGUAUGUCCAGGUUUCUUUUAAAUUAAUAAUUUAAUCCAAAGAAAAUGUUCAUGAAUCGUUUCUGUUGUCUUAAUGUCAUAAUAAUUUGAAAUGUAACCAAGGAAUUCUGUAAUCAGGUAAUUGUCAUGUUAAUAUGUCAAUAAUAAUUUUUUGCUAUUUAAAAAAUUCAGAAUGUGUAAAAGCCAAUUUUUUAUGCUCCCCCAAAAUUUAUUUUGGGGGGAGCAUAUAGUCGCCGCUUCGUCUGUCCGUGUGUGUGUGUGUCCGUCCGUCUUUGCACAAUUUUUACCCGGGCUAUUUCUCAGCAACUAAUGACCGGAAUUAAAUGAAACUUUAUGGGAAGCUUCACUACCAAAAGGAGAUGUGCAUAUUAUCAGCGGGUUCUGGUUGGAUGAGUUAUGGCCCUUUGAAAUUUUCUAUAAAAAAAUUCUUGUCCCCCCAACUACUGUGCCCUCAAGACGUCUCCUUUUAUCUGAAUAUAUAGUGCAAUAUUGUGACAAAAAAACCUUUGGGGAGCAUCACCCAUCUCCGACGGUUUCAUGUUUGUUAAAAAUAUGUUCCAAAUUCUGAACAAAUAUCAGCCACUCUGGGACAAAUGCACUCUUAAAUGCAUAAAGUGUAGUACCAGACUAGCCUGUGAAGUGCACGCACACACAGGUUAAUCAGGGAAUACAUUUUCCGCUUUUAUGGAAUUUUUGAUUUAAAGGAAGUCUCUUCUAAACAAAUAUCCAGUCCAGGCAGAAAGUGUCAGCCAUGAUUAGCCUGUGCCUCAGUCAAUAAUACAUGCUAGUAUUUACCUUUUUAUCAGUGUAUAUUAUAGUAUUAUAGCAAAGUAUUAUCAUUAGGUGAGUAAACGAAACAAAUGAUACAAAACUAUGUACUUUGGGUGACCAGGGACGUAUUCUCACCAUCAUUUAAACUUUAAAUUGUCACUGUUGUAUUGUACGCUUUGCAUCAACAAUGUGACACAUUGUCAUCCCAGAUUGCCUUUGCUAUUACACAUUAACUGUUCACUCAUUGCUUUUUCAGACUCCAUUAAAUGGUAUCCCAUCGUGUAUAACAUUAUGAUGAAUAUCACAAAUAUCUUCAUUUGGGUCAUUUGUUAGUAUACCCUAAACAUGAAUUAUUCUGAACAAACAUCAGACGAGUCAUUCCUUUAAUGUAGAACAUGCUCAAGUGUGAACUGUUCUUGCUUCGAAAAUGUUGUAUGAAACCAAUUAUUUACAUAAACGCAUCUAGAUUUUUGCAAAUUAAUUUUGAUUUGUAUGAAUACAUUUUUCUUAAGAAUGGAAAUCCAUGAUUGUAAAGGGCUUAAAAGUAUAAGGGUUGUUACUCUUCAGUAUUUACAGAGUAAUAAUUAGCCUUUGUUUUAUGAUCAUUUUGAUUGCAUUUCUUCAUCAGUAUAAAAGGGCUUUGGAAUGUACUUCAUGUUAUGUUAGAGAUCUUGCAGAGGAAGUUGAAUUACACUUUCUUCUUUAUAAACAUGUCUUUGUUAGCAUUUAUUGUUAAUUGCAACAAUCUCAUUCAUUUAAAUUCAUUUAUUCUGGAAAAAUUGGAUUUAUUAAAUGUUCCAUUCAUCACAAAUUUUAACCUUUUUUCUAUCAAAAUGUGUUAAAAUAUCUCUUAUUUUAGUUUAGUGCAAUUUAAGCUAUUUAUAUGGUGUUUUAACAGUAAUCAAAGUGUGUAAAAUAUGUUUUAAGUGUUUUCAUUUGUAAUGUCAUAAUUACCGUGCCUGUUUUUAACACAGAAUAGGUUAUAAGAGGCAUUUUUAUAACACAUAUUUAAGGUUUACAGUAUCGUUUAGCUUAAUUUUGAACUGUCUGUAUAAUUUUGACUGACUUUGAAAGAAACCUGUUAUGUUAUAACCAUUGCCCAAUAUCGAUUUCCAAAGUGUGCAACGUGAUGUGUUUUUUUUCCAAAAUUAUUUUGUAAAUAUUUUCCAGUGUGUUUUGAAUGAAAAAAUGUGAUAUUUCUUCUCUUUCCAAUGAUGUACCAGCAUAAUAAAUGGAAGCUAACACAAUUUAUAUUUUUAUUGUUGGGCUUUUGUCAUGGUAACCAAAAAUUGUAAGAAAAUACUGUUGAAUUGAUAAUAUGUGUACUGCUGCAAGUAGCAAUAGUGUUAUUAAUUAUUUUAUCAUAAUGUUAAUUGUGCGAAUUUUAUGGUAAAUUAUAUUUUUAUAUUACAAGAUAUACUGGAAGAUUUUGUAUGUGAUAAUUAAAUUCGAUUUUAAGUGUUGUAAUAUUAAUUUCAGCUAAAGUUCUGUUGAUUGAGUAUGCUGUUGGUAUUGUGUGAGAUUGACUCCAAAAAUGUAUGAUCCAGUAUGCGAAAACCAAAUCGAUCAACACUUACGUCUUUCGGCCAUCUUGACAACAUGUUGAAUCUCAGUGAAUUGAUGUCAUUUUACAUUUUCCUGAUUUGAUUGUUAAACCACAGCAACCUCACAAGGUGUGAAUGAUUAAUAAGAUGAAUGAAUGUUCAACACUUGUUUAUUAAAGAACACCCUCUGAAAAUCAGAUAGCCUCUAAAAGGUUUAAUACAAAUAACGGUAUAUUUUGAUCUUUCUAACAAGUGGGUUUGAUGUGAUCUAAAUUGUUUGAUAAUGAGUAUCAUAUACAUUUUACUGGAAUCAGAUUUUUGUUUGUAAGCAAAUAAAACAGAUUUUUUGUCACAAUGUCAAGCAUAUAUUGUCACAUAACUUAUGGAUUUAGAAAUAUAUGUUAAUGAAUGAGUGAAGCAUUUGUAAAACAUAAACAUUUAAACAGGAAGCUGUUAAUUCUGCUGUUCAUAAUAUGCUGUAGUUGUUUAAUUUUAUGUAAGGUAUAUACUUGUAUAAUUAAAUCCAACUUAUGGACAAAAUGCAGAUGUCCAACAUCAUAACAUCAAGCCUGAUUGUUUAAAAACAUUUCUAAUAGGUAUGUGUUUUUGAUGUGUGCCAUUGCCUUAGGUUUAGUUAAUUUGGAAAUCAAGGUAACUUGUUGUUCUACUGAAUGUCACUUUAUGUAAAUCUACUUGUGGGUGUUGUUUGAAUGCAAAUCUUCUAUGAAAUGUUUAAGAAAUUUUGAAAAAUGCUCUAAGGUCCUAACUGAAAAGCCACUGUCUUUCAAAUUGUUGUUCAUUGUCAUGUGUCCCACGGAAGAUUUUAUUGGUCAUAAUCAUAUUUUAUAUUAAUGCGGUAUAACAUCAUAAUGUUUCUUGUGAUUUUCAGACACAGUUUGUUGCUGUUAAUUUAUAUAAAGCAACAUGGUGGUAUCACAUUCAAAUUACUGUAAAAUUAUAGGCUAGUAUCUUUUUAUGCCCCCGGAUCGAAUGAUCGGGGGUAUAUUGUUUUUUGCCUGUCUCUCUGUCAUUGUCUGUCUGUCUGUCAUUGUAUGUGUAAAAAAACUUUAAACUUGGGCAUAACUUUUGCAAUAUUGAAGAUACCAACUUGAUAUUUGGCAUGCAUGUGUAUCUCAUGGAGCUGCACAUUUUGAGUGGUGAAAGGUCAUGGUCAUCCUUCAAGGUCAAAUAUAUGGCUUUAAAGCGGUGUAGUAGGAGGCUUGGUGUUUCACAGCUCUUGUUUGUAUGUGUUAUAAUCCUACAUGUAUAUAUCCAUCAUCUAUCACAAAUAUAACUGCCAGCUACUCUCCUUGAUUCUCUUCUAAGCAUGAAGUUAUCAUUUUGGUUGUUAAUCAAUAAAAUUUACAUUGUGGUUUAAUUGUUGAAAUCAGUUCAUGUUUGUGUUAGGUUCACAUAAUUGGUUGCCAAUAAUUUUCAUAAGCAAUAAUGUGUAUAUCAACAUAGCUGUAUUUUUUUGCAUCUGUUUUGUUUAAAAAACAAAUAACUAGAUUGUGGAAAGCAAUGAUUUUAAUAGCAUUUUAUUAAUUUAUUAUAAAUCCAUCUAUACAUCUAGAACUGUAUUGCUAUACAUCUUUAUUUUUUGGUUGCACUUGUAUCAUUCAUAAGAUGAUUUACAAUGUAUUGUUUGUUUAAUGUCAUUUGUAAUAUGUUUAUGUUUAAUACGUAUUUGAUUUUCAAGAAUUGAGAAUGUUUUUAUUACAAAUAAAAAAACUGUUUCAAGUUGUAAUCACAAUUAUUAUAACCUAAAUGAUUUUUAUGCCCCCCUUCGAAGAAGAGGGGGUAUAUUGUUUUGCUUAUGUCGGUCCGUAUGUCUGACCGUCCAUCCACCAGAUGGUUUCCGAAUGAUAACUCAAGAACGCUUAGGCCUAGGAUCAUGAAACUUCAUAGAUACAUUGAUCAUGACUCGCAGAUGACCCCUAUUGAUUUUGAGGUCAAAGGUCAAGGUCACGGUGACCCAAAAUAGUAAAAUGGUUUCUGGAUGAUUACUCAAGAACGCUUAUGCCAAGGUUCAUGAAACUUCAUAGGUACAUUAAUAAUGACUCCCUAUUUAUUUUCAGGUCACUCGGUCAAAGGUCAAGGUCACGGUGACCCGAAAUAGUAAAAUGGUUUCCGGAUGAUUACUCAAGAACGAUUAUGCCUAGGAUCGUGAAACUUCAUAGGUACAUUGAUCAUGACUCGCAGAUGACCCUCAAUGAUUUUCAGGUCAAAGGUCAAGGUUACGGUGACUCGACUUAAAAAAACGGUUUUCGGAUGAUUACUCAAGAACGCUUACGCCUAGGAUCAUGAAACAUCAUAGGUAUAUUGAUCAUGACUCGCAGAUGACCCCUAUUGACUUUCAGGUCACUAGGUCAAAGGUCACGGUGACUUGACACAGUAAAAUGGUUUCCGGAUGAUAACACAAGAAAGCUUACGCCUAGGAUCAUGAAACUUAAUAGGUACAUUGAUCAUGACUCGGAGAUGACCCCUAUUGAUUUUCCGGUCACUAGGUCAAAGGUCAAGGUCACAGUGCCAAACGUAUUCACACAAUGGCUGCCACUACAAAUGACAGCCCAUAUGGGGGACAUGCAUGUUUUACAAACAGCCCUUGUUUUCAUAAAUAUAUUAUAAGCAUCACUUAAUUGUUCUUCUUAUUAGAAAAAAGCAGUUGAUUUAUAUGUUUCUGUCUUACAAGUUAAAAGUAGUUUUUCGAUAUUAGACUUCAUUUCAAUAUUAUAUUUUACUACUUGUUUGUAUAGAAGUAUUUUCUGUAAAUAACGUUCAUUAGAUGAUUUCUAUGUGCCUGUUCAAUACAUUGUGUAAAUAGUGUCAUUCUAGUUUUAUAUAGUAGUGCGUAAUAUAAGGAAUAUUAUCAAACAAUUAUUUUAAGUAGUUGUGUAAUUAAUGGUAGUUCUAUCAUUUGAUGAUAUCAGUUUAUAAAUACAUGUUCUUAUUUGAGCAAUAUCUUCCCAGUCAUCUGUGCAAUUAUUAUUCUACCACAGUCGCACAGGCAUGCACAUUAGUUUGAGAAGGGAGCUUACCAUGGGUUAUUAUCCGGAUAUCCCAAUGGAUGUUUAAAGUGACGUCAAUUUGAUUGUCCGCGCACUGUUUAUGAAUGAAGACGAGGCAAUUUGAUUUUCAUUGUUGUGGUGAUGAGGAAAAGUGAAGGACAUUCGAUUAAUGUAAUUCUCAUUUAUUACCUUUAAAUCACGGGUAACUUAUUAAUGAAAUCAUGUUAGAAUUGAAAUAAUUGAUGGGUAACAGUUGGUUAUUGCGGAAAUAAUAAACGGUAUGUCGUUCAGAUGCUUGUUAUCAAACUACUCGGGCUACGCCCUCAUGCUUUAAUUUCUACGCAUCAGAACUCCAUACCGUUGGUUAUUACCGCAAUAACCAACUGGUACCCGUCGAUUACUUCUUAAUUAAAUGUUAAUGUUAACUAAUGUAUUAAAGCACAUUUUAUCUUUACUCCAACCUUGCAACUACCCAGGCAAUUUUUUCAUUGUCACUAUAUAAUCUUUAGAGUGAUUUAAUUGAAAUGCACAACAUGUGAAAAUACCAAUGCAAUAAUUUCUUAAUUUGCCAAGUGUUUCAGUGUGUCAAAAAAUACACAUGUAACAUUACUUUAGUACAGUGUAAUAAUUCUUCAUAUUUAAAUAAUUGCUUUGUGUUCUAAUGUUUCCACAUACAUGGCAGUACAGUGAUAUUUAAGUUGAUGUUGUCUACACGUUGAUGAUAAAAGAUAUUUUUGCAUUUAAAGAUGUUCAGGGUGAUAGUUUAUUAAUUUACUCUAGGGUUUUCUUUAUUUUACAUGGUUUUAUCAUUGCCCUAUGAAAUACUAUGAUUGUACAUACAUGUAUAUCAAUAUAUCAAGGUGUCAUUUUAUGCCUGAAUGCGCAUGUAUACAUAUGUUAUACAAGGUUGUCAUGUAAAACAGGCUUUGAUGCUUAUGGGUCUCAAUAAAAUACGAGAACAUUC